UUUUUGAGGGAAAUGCAAGGGAAAAUGAAACAUGAAUUUGAGCUUUAUAGGCAAUCUAGGCUUGGCAGAGGCUUAGAAGAGGUGCUUAAGAGUAUGUGUGAGGCGAAGUAUGUGACCAAGAAGCAGCAAAAUAGGAUUUUAAGGGUGUUUGAUAGGGAAGUUGUGAAGGAAUUGGUGAAGAGAAGAGCAAAAGGAAAAACAAUGUGAAUGAAUGGAACCUGAGUGGAGCAUAACAAUUUACAUGAUAAAUGGAAAUAUAUCGUUGAGGAUCCUGUGUUUGAAUGUCCUUCGCUCCUUCCUAAAGUUGAUCUCUUAAGGAUCCUUACAAUCAGCCAUAAAUCUAAUCCUUACGUCCCUCAUCACUUGGCUCCUUCACCUAAAAAGAGAAAAGCUUCUUGGGAAGAGACCUUGAAAUCCCCUGAAAAUUCAGUAAGCUCGAAGAAAAUUAAGAGAAGAAAAUUUGACGAUCUGGAAGAGUUUACUUAA